ACUUGGUAGUACUAAAGCACCACAAUUGGCAUAGGUGACGUUGGAUGAGUAGGUAGCAACGACUGGGAGGACCCCAGCUUCACCUAACACCACCAUUGUUAUCUCACCUACCCAAAAUCGCGUAGCAGCCAUUGCCUACCAAACAAUAUAUACGCCUACAAUUUUCUAAGUAUAGAUACACAUAACCCAUUUCACCCACCAAUUAUUUAUUUUAUAUUUUUGAAAUAAGCAAAGGAGAGGUCAAAACGGCGACGAAGAAUGGCGUCUUUUGUACCUACCAAACAAUUUCUCGGAGCUCCGUCGUCCUCCGAUAUCGGAUCCUCUAGUCUUGGAUCUCUUCAACUACCUUCUAAGCUCUCAUCUUCCAACUUUCAUAUCCUAUCUCGUCCAUCACACCCCAAACGCUUAGAGAUACAGGCUGCUGGUAGUACAUUUGGAAAUUACUUCCGUGUUACAACUUUUGGAGAAUCUCAUGGUGGUGGAGUUGGUUGUAUUAUUGAUGGAUGUCCCCCCCGUCUCCCACUUUCUGAAUCUGAUAUGCAGGUGGAACUUGACAGGAGGAGGCCAGGUCAAAGCCGGAUUACCACACCUAGGAAAGAAACUGACACUUGCAAAAUAUCCUCAGGCACUGCAGAUGGGCUGACUACUGGAUCCCCAAUCAAGGUUGAAGUACCUAACACUGAUCAGAGAGGAAAUGAUUACAGUGAAAUGUCGCUUGCUUACAGGCCAUCUCAUGCAGACGCAACUUAUGACUUCAAGUAUGGAGUGAGAUCUGUACAGGGGGGUGGUAGAUCAUCAGCAAGAGAGACCAUUGGGAGAGUUGCUGCUGGAGCAGUUGCUAAGAAAAUUCUCAAACUCUAUUCUGGAGCUGAGGUUCUUGCUUAUGUUUCUCAAGUUCACCAAGUUGUACUUCCGGAGGAUUCAAUUGAUCAUCAGACUGUGACUCUAGAGCAGAUAGAAAGCAAUAUUGUCCGAUGCCCGGAUCUGGAAUAUGCAGAGAAGAUGAUUGCUGCUAUUGAUGCUGUACGAGUGAGAGGGGACUCUGUUGGUGGUGUUGUAACUUGCAUUGUUAGGAAUCUCCCACGGGGUCUUGGUGCACCAGUCUUCGAUAAACUUGAAGCUGAGCUAGCUAAAGCUUGCAUGUCAUUACCUGCGACAAAGGGUUUUGAGUUUGGAAGUGGCUUCGCUGGCACAUUCAUGACCGGUAGCGAGCAUAAUGACGAAUUCUAUAUGGAUGAGCAUGGCCGAAUCAGGACAAGAACCAACAGAUCUGGUGGGAUCCAGGGAGGUAUAUCAAAUGGAGAAGUUAUCAAUAUGAGAAUAGGUUUCAAGCCAACUUCAACUAUUGCUAGGAAGCAGCAAACUGUGACGAGAGACAAACACGACACAGAACUCAUCGCUAGGGGUCGCCAUGAUCCUUGUGUGGUUCCCCGAGCUGUUCCAAUGGUUGAAGCAAUGGUCGCCCUGGUGCUUGUCGAUCAGUUAAUGGCUCAGUAUGCACAGUGUAUGAUGUUCCCAAUUAAUCCUGAACUACAGGAACCUAUGCAGUCAUCGACACCUGAAUCAGCUGAGGUUACCCUCUGAAUGGAGAAAAGCAGCUUUAUACCUUGAAAGUUGAAACAACUUCUUGCUAAAUUGCCUCUCCUUACAAAUUUGAGAAUAUUUUUUCCUUCCUGAAUAGUGUACUUAUUGUGAUUUUUUUUACUUAUUUUUUUAUCAACCCUUAGGGGUCCUGUUUAGAGGAGGCAGAUAUCUCCUGUUUGCCUCUUUAUAGAGUUUCAGCAGUUUAUAAGUUUUGUGUCGUGGAUUAGGCAAUCUUAGUUCUUGUUCCAUAUAAAACCUCAUGUUGUGCCUUUGUACUUCCUCGCCUGCUCAUCUUUCACUCGGAGUUAAAAGAAUUGUGAUUAUUGAGUCCAGGUAAAAUUGUUAUUGUGAGAUGUAUGAAUAUCUUAAUUCAUGAUAUUUCAAGUUUAAUGAAAUAAAUUUAUUGUGUAA